UUUUUUUUUUUUUUAAUUGCAGGAGUUAGAGUUUAUACACAAGAGUUGUUGUACAAGCCAAAUGUGUUUGGUUGACAUAAAAAAUUAAGCAUUUUGAGCUCCAUAUUGCCCUUAAAGAUGACAAAAGAGUUAGAGUUUAUACACAAGAGUUGUGGUACUGUAGGGUACAGGCCAAAUGUGUUUUCUACAACAUUAUCUCAUCUUAUUGCCACUAACUGUGCUCAUUUGAUCAUGCCCAUUAUUCCCAUUAGAGAAAGGUUAAGGGAGAAAGCAGAAGAGUAUUUUGGGUGCCAGUAUGAGUUGUUUGUUGAAUUCACUGGUCUAAUCAGCUGGUGUAGAGGAGCAAGCAUCGGUUGGCACAGUGAUGACAAUAGACCUUACCUUAAACAACGGGAUUUUGCGGCAGUGUGUUAUUUAAAUAGUUAUGAAGCAGAUUUCAAGGGUGGUAUCUUUCACUUCAAGGAUGGAGAACCUGCAGAUAUUGUGCCCGUGGCUGGUGAUGUUAUCAUGUAUACGGCUGAUGACCAAAAUAUACAUUCUGUUGAUGAGAUUACUGAAGGGGAGCGAAUUACGCUUACUUUAUGGUUCAGCCGUGACGCUUCUUAUGAUGAAGACCCUAAAGUCAUCUCAUCUCUCUCACCAGCUUUAUCGGGUGUUGUAGAUAGCAAGUUGCGUUCAUAUUUACCUUUGCCGGGGUCCAUCAAUAUGUACUGGUUUCCACCAGACGAAGCUUCAAGUUUCUUAUCCGGAUUUGAUAUACGCUGCGGAAGAUUGCAUGUUGUUGGAUUCGAUAUCUAUCCAUUUCAGGAGACUUGCGAUUUAUCAGCAUCGGAUUCAUCUUACAACUUACUGGAGUUACUAUCAGAACCACUACUUUUAGCACGAGAAAGCCAGUUGUUUGAGACCCAAUUUCUUAAUAUAAUGCAUGCACUUCAGCAGAUGGUGCAGUUCUAUCUCUGGAAGUUCUCCAAUUUAAAGACAAAGGUCGAAGAAACGACUCCACAAGUAAUUCCGACUUCCCAGAAACAAAAAACUGAAAUAGAUCGUCUAAAAUCUGUGUUUCUGAAGGAUAUUCAACUCGGGGAACGUUUCUUUGGCCAUUCAAGACCCAUCAAAGACAAGGUGUAUGAAUUUGACUGGGUUACUUUUUCAGCUGCAGUUCCUGAAUGGGAAUGUUAUGUUUUCAAGUUACAGAGGGAACUGCUUUUGCAUUUACCUCAUUGGAGAACUAAUCAAUCCAUCUUUUGUGUUCCAUUGGGAGAUCUUGAGGAUUGAAUCUGGAUUUUGUAUAUAUUGUUACCAGAGACGGAUCCAGGAUUUGAAGUUUAUGAGUUUCUAAAACGAUUUUAAGUUACAUAUAAUAAUAACUGAGAUCACCGUCAAACAUUUAUAAGUGGACUUCUUACGGUCUUAACAAAAGUUACUAGAUUCACGUGAA